CGGAGCUGCGCGAACAUGGCCGAAGUCGGCGAGGACAGCGGGGCCCGCGCCCUGCUGGCGCUGCGCUCGGCGCCCUGCAGCCCCGUGCUGUGCGCCGCCACCGCCGCCUUCCCCGCCGCUGCGCCCGCGCCCGGGCCCCCCGCGCCGUCCCCGCCGCCGCCCGCGCAGCCCCCGCCGCCGCCGCCGGGCGCGAUCGCGGGGGCCGCGGGGGGCCCGGGCGCGGACACAGGGGGCCCGGCGGGAGAGGCCCUGGUGGCCGCCGCCGCCUGCGUGCGCCGCAGCCCCGGGCCCGCGCUGGCGCGCCUCGAGGGCCGCGAGUUCGAGUUCCUCAUGCGGCAGCCGAGCGUCACCAUCGGCCGCAACUCGUCGCAGGGCUCGGUGGACCUGAGCAUGGGCCUGUCGAGCUUCAUCUCGCGGCGCCAUCUGCAGCUCAGCUUCCAGGAGCCGCACUUCUACCUGCGCUGCCUCGGCAAGAACGGCGUCUUCGUGGACGGGGCCUUCCAGCGGCGCGGAGCGCCCGCCCUGCAGCUGCCCAAACAGUGCACUUUCCGGUUCCCCAGCACAGCCAUAAAGAUCCAGUUCACGGCCCUGUUCCACGCAGAGGAGGCCCCGGCAUCACCGCUCCGGCCGCUGUACCCACAGAUCUCCCCACUGAAGAUCCACAUCCCUGAGCCGGACCUCCGGAGCCUGGUCAGCCCCAUCCCCUCCCCGACUGGCACCAUCAGUGUUCCCAACUCCUGCCCGGCCAGUCCCCGUGGGGCCGGCUCCUCUGGCUACCGCUUUGUCCAGAACGUGACCUCAGACCUGCAGCUGGCAGCAGAGUUUGCAGCAAAGGCCGCCUCGGAGCAGCAGGCAGACACGUCCGGAGGGGACAGCCCCAAGGACGAGUCCAAGCCGCCAUACUCCUACGCCCAGCUGAUUGUGCAGGCCAUCUCCUCCGCGCAGGACAGACAGCUCACACUAAGCGGGAUCUAUGCCCACAUCACCAAACAUUACCCUUACUACCGCACAGCCGACAAAGGCUGGCAGAAUUCUAUCCGACACAACCUCUCUUUGAACCGUUACUUUAUUAAAGUCCCUCGUUCCCAGGAGGAGCCUGGGAAGGGGUCUUUUUGGCGAAUAGACCCUGCCUCAGAAGCCAAGCUCGUGGAGCAGGCAUUCCGAAAACGGAGGCAGAGGGGCGUCUCCUGCUUCCGCACCCCCUUUGGGCCUCUGUCAUCCAGGAGUGCUCCAGCCUCGCCCACUCACCCUGGGCUGAUGUCCCCUCGUUCUACCGGCCUGCAGACUCCAGAGUGCCUGUCUCGGGAGGGCUCACCCAUUCCACACGACCCUGACUUCGGGUCAAAGUUAGCUUCUGUUCCAGAGUAUCGGUAUUCCCAGAGUGCACCCGGCUCUCCUGUCAGUGCCCAGCCCGUGAUCAUGGCUAUGCCUCCCCGACCUCCCAGCUUAGUGGCCAAACCCGUGGCCUACAUGCCAGCCUCCAUAGUGACGGCCCAGCAGCCUCCCGGCCAUGCGAUCCAUGUCGUGCAGCAGGCACCCCCUGUCACCAUGCUCAGGGUGGUCACCACCUCUGCCAGUUCUGCCAACGGAUACAUCCUUGCCAGUCAGGCCUCGGCAGGGGGCGCACACGAAGCCGCAGGCACAGCUGUGUUGGACCUGGGCAGCGAAGCCAGAGGCUUGGAAGAGAAACCCACCAUUGCAUUUGCCACCAUCCCCGCCGCCAGCCGGGUCAUCCAGACGGUGGCCAGCCAGAUGGCCCCUGGGGUCACCGGACACACGGUCACCAUCCUGCAGCCAGCCACGCCAGUGACCAUCGGGCAGCACCAUCUUCCAGUCCGGGCUGUCACUCAGAAUGGAAAGCACGCCAUCUCCACGAAUAGUUUAGCUGGCAGCACAUAUGCCCUCACCAGCCCCCUGCAGCUCCUUGCAGCCCAGGCUAGUUCGUCCACGCCAGUGGUGGUCGCCCGGGUAUGCGAGGUGGGCCCCGAGGAGCCAGCACCAGCGGCCGCCACCACCACCACCACUACCCCAACGACGGCUGCCAUCUCUGCCCCUGCCACUGGGGAGCCUGAGGUCAAAAGGUCCCGCGUGGAGGAGCCCGGGGGGACUAUAACCACGCAGGCCGGUGUGAUCACGGCUACCGGCCUGCAGGGGCCUGGGACCGGGGAGUGAGGCUGCCGCGUGCAGGUGGAGUGAGACGCACACCCACAGGAAUUCUGGAGCUGAUGUGGCAGCUGCCCUCGUGACCACCAGGCCACAACGCAAAGGCUCCAUGCUGCCCAGGCUUGGUGCCAGACGGACAGGACGGCCUCAUCUGCCUGCACCUGGACGCACUCGUCCUGUCAUUUUCUCUCCUGCCCCUGCUGUGGUUAAAACAAAACACAUAAACACGUUCAGACAGCUGAUUGUAUGAUUCUGGGAAUUCUUUGUUCUUACCUCCUCCUCCCUCAGCACUGUCUCCUCCCAGGCCUCUGCCAUGGUUUGGGGCAAAGGCCGUCGCUCCACAUCUCCGCGUGUGUCCCAGGCAGACCCGGCCACAAGCAGAAGCACAGCUUCCAGAGCAGCCCUUGCCCCCAGGAGGACCGGACAUGGAGCAGCAUGGCGACCCCAAGGCCUUCCAAGGGCAAGGAACAGCAGGGUCACUUCCGCUUUGGAAAAGAUGGGGGCCAGGCAGGAGAAGCCCAGGGAAAGGAUGGGAGGGGUAAACCCCAGUUUGGAAGAGAUGGGGCCCGGGCAGGAGAAGGGCCAGGGCUGCCCUGUUUCAUAUUGUUCGAUGGCGUCUUCUCCCUCAGAAGGCAACGUCAGAAGUAUCAGCAUUAAUUGGAGGGCAGGGUUCUGGUGUGGCUUUGGACUCCAGGCAUUUCUUAUUCUGUUGAAAAUGUGGAAUUCAGGCUUAAUCAUAAAGCUGAGGCAAACACUGAAGGGAUCAUCUAUUUUUGAUAUUUUCAUCUGCAGACGGUUUAGUAACUAUGAGUCUGUGGUUCUCACUGGCAUUAAUCCCCUCGAAGAGUAAGUCUGCCACUCUCUGUUAACUUCAAGAAAGAUGCAUGGCCUCCUGGAUUGGUAUUCAAGGCAGCAAACGGUUUGGAUGGAAGAUGAGUCAAGAGCCUGCGGGGUGCAGCAUCGGCCUGCAGCCCUGCCUGUGCCUGGAUGGCAGCGGGGCCUUAACACCACGGCAGCUGGUGCUCAAGGCAGAAGCAGCCUACCAACUGGCAGGAAAAUGAGCACAGAUAUGUUGCUCUAAAAACGGCCCCGUGCUCUCUGUGGUCCCAUGUCCCGGUGCCAGCAGCCACCACGGGACACUCAAGCUGAGCGGAAGCCUCUCACACCGCCUUCCCCACCAAGGUGUGGUUGUCUUUACCUCCCCAAAACUCACCUGCUGUUUCAGUCACGACUGUCUCUUGCACCCAUCGGACCAGAGGCUCUGGGGUCAGCAAGCAGCAGCUGGGGGUGGGCUUUGCGGCAUGGUGAGAGCCCAGCUGCUCCCUUGGGUGAGCUUACACUGCAUGGCACUGUCACCACUGUGGGCAGGGAGCCAGUGCUGUCUGGUUUGUGGCCCAGUUUGGGGUCCAGAUCAUCAUCCUUCAGCUUCUCUUGGAGAAUAUUCCCAGGAAACAUUAAGUAUGUCCCUGUGAAAGGUGGCUUUGAGCUUAGUUGCCCUGGCGCUCAUCCUCCUGGGUGGGCACAGCCGGAAACAAGAACAAACUCUGCAGACCCUGGAGCCCCCGGCACAAACGGGGCUCGUCUUAGAAACAGCCUGCUCUCAACGUGAGCCUCUCUCUUCCCAGCAAAGCUGCCGGCCCUUCCCUGACUGCAACAGCCACUCUGCUGAGAGAGCCACAGACUUCAGAGAGCCCCCGGAGGAAGAGCAGAAGGUCGCAGGGGCCCGGGACCCGGCUGGACAGGUGCUGGCUCAGAACAAAAGGGAGCCGGGGAACUCCGUUCGAGUCAGCACAGGCCAGGCUGGCGUGUGUCCAGGUGUGACCUGGCUACAGCCAGAGCUCCCUCUCCCUUUGCAGCCACAGCUGGGUAGGGGAACAGGCCAGUCAACCUCCUACCUGGAUGGAGGCCUGUUCUGGGGGCCUCUUCAAGCCCCGGACUUUAAGUGGGAAAGGGGCUCUGUUGUGAAGUUGCCUUGGUGAAGUUGCAGAGAAAUGAGGACAGGAUGGAAGUGGCCAGGUGUCCUGUCCUCAGACAUUACCGGCCACCAGUGAUGAGAGACCCCACUCUGUUCCACAGGGACGUUUCUGGUAUCUUACAGACUUUUUCUUUGGAAGUGUCUGGUGUGUGCAUAGUAGGCAUGAGACCAUGAGUAAGCAGGGCUGGGGCGUGCACCUCCUUGCUGAGGGCCCCACCUUCACAGGCCUGGAAACAGGGCUUCCAGAGCCACCUGUUGCUUCUGCCCCUCCCCUCACUGGCUUGUUCCAGGGACGCUUGCUCUGGACUAUUGUGACCCACCCAGGCUUGCCUCCAUCUGCCUAGAGCACACCGCCCGACCCCAGAAUCCAUCCAUGUGUGUGAUAACAGCAGUCAGGGAGGAGGAGGGGCGCUGGGAGGGAGAACAGACUGUGGUCAGCGGGUGCCCUGCUGCCACGUGGAGGGCUUGUGCCUGCUCAGCUCCUGCUGGGUCAGCUCAGACCUGGGCAGGGAGAAGAGGGCCCAGCCUGGGAGCUGCCCCCCUAGGGUACAGGUGGGCUGUUGUCUGAGCCGAUGGCAUGCCUGGCUCAUGCCAGCACAAGUCCUGGGGCUGGAAGCCAGAAGGCCUGAGAAUUUUCAGCACCCCACAUUGCAGCCAGAAGGGCCACCCAGUAUCCUCAGAGCUGAAAAGUGAUGGUCUCCCCAAGGCUAGUUCCCCAGCCAGAGACAAGUGCACCAGGCCAGAAGGGGCCAGGGGCUGUGGUCCUCAGAGGCUGGGCAGCCCGUAAUUCAGCACAAGAGUAGAUCAUAGAGGGUGGGCCACCCCAGCUGAGCUUGGGGAAGCUAAAGUCAAUUCUAGCGGGAUGCUGGUGUCACUGUAGCCUUGGGGUCCGAGAACCUUCUCUCUGGUCACCCAGGGACUCAAGUCUGCAUGAAGAGAUCAGCCAGGCCAGGCCAGGGGUGUGCAGGCUGGGGGAGGCUCUCCUUCUACUGUGCUCCAUCACAAGGCACUUGGCCCUAUUGUUACAGCUACUCCCUCGCCAUCCAGGACCUGGCACCCACUUCUCUAGUCAUCACACUUGCCAGCACCAAAUGCAGAGACGCACGCUCUACAUAGGAAGGAAAGCACAGAAAUAACAGGUUUUAAAUAGUUGAGCAUUUCCCAGAAAGCAGUCAAGUAUGACUUGGAAGUGAGGAGGGUUGUUCGAGAGAGCUCACAGUGGCAGGGACUGUACACUGUCCCGUGCCGACGUCAGAGUCCCCCAGUGUUCCGGGGCAGCGAGGGCAGCAGCGCAGGACACGUAAGGCCAUGAGGGCAGGGCUCCUGGUGCCCGAGUUGAUGGUAGCAUCUGCCGUGAGCCAUCUGCCCCUUUCUCUCCCAGCUGAAACUUUCCCAGGAGAGACAGGCCUCUAGUGCACGCCUUGGAGGGUCUUAAGUAGAUUGUCCCUUUUCCCCUUCUUUUAAGUCCUUAAAGAUUACACAGCCUAAAUCGCCUCGUGAAGUUAGAUGCAUGCCAGGAUGGCCCAUCUGGAUGCAGCAGGCACAGCUCUCCUGCUCUGCUUCAGCAGUGGUCCUGUGCUCUGGGGGGCAGGAUCCCAUCUUGGGGUCCACGAGGCCAGCGCCAGGAGCAGUGGAUCCGUGGGCUGCCUGUGCACUCACAGCCACGGCCCGUCAGCAUCCCUCUCAGUCUUGGUUCAUGUUUGGGGUUUGCUGUUUGUUUAUGUGGGGUUUUUUUCUCUAUUUAAGAGCCAGACCACAUGGAAGAGGUGAGAAUGGGUUCUGAGUCGUUGCCUGGUUUCUGAGCCGAGGGGUGGUGGUAGUGGAGCUUACCACAGCAAAGGGCAGGGGCCUCACCUGCCCUCAGGCUGCCCAGCCCCUGGGCUUCAGACCAGGCUGGAUCUCAGCCCCUUUGUCCCUUUCUGCUCCUCUGGUUCUGGUGAGAGAUCAAUUCAGGCCAAUGGGAAUCAUUCAGCUAGGGCCCAUUUCCUUCAGAAAGGGUCCCCCAGGGACACUCAGGUGAGCCAUCAACCUCCAGAGAGCCGCAUGCACCAUCUCUGCAGACAGAAAGCUCUUCCUUGGCAAUUCAGAGUCCAGAGGGGGAGAAGGCUCUCCUUGGCUGUGGGGUCAGUUCCUUAACUUUACAGAGACAGAAGACAGACCUCCUUUGAGACAGCAGAACUUAGUUGAAUGUGAGGAAAUAUUCAAGAAGAAAUUAUUUUUCCCAGUGCUUUUAGGGUGUAGAAAUAAGUACAGUUGGUGCUGGCAAAUGAUCUGUGUUUCUCCAACAGCCUCAAAUUCUGCUUUGCCUUUGAGUGGCCUUGUCCGGGAUGAGGGACCGUCUGUGUGUGGGGUUCACACCCCUGCACCUCCGAGGGGACACUGCUCCCCUGACAAAGGGCUUCAGGGCAGGCCUCUCACUUUGGUGCUGGCUACCAGAGCACGCUCGUUACAGAGUAAGUCAGCCACAAGAUGAUUGCAGACCCUGCCACGUAACAGGUGCCAGAGUUGCCGAACGGAGGCCCCACCCUGCAGUGGCUGUGCAGCUGCAGUGGGUCAGGGCAAAGGCAUCCAUUGGGACCCUGACUCACUCUCCCAUGCCUGGUGGUGGCUACGGGAAAGUAUGUUUCCCACAGCCUCUCACAAGCCGCCUUUAUACCUCUGCCUAGAAGCAAUAUUAUUUAAUAAGAAUAAAUUAUUCAAACGUGCUGCUAUGAAGACAGGCUGACCUUCCUGCAGGCUGCCCCUCAUGGUGAUGGUGGCUGUUUGGGGCCAGGGCAGAAUGUGGCUGUAACAGUGGUCUCUUGCCCAGUUUCUGUCCAUUAUUUUCAAAUUGUUCUCUUAUGUUUUGUAAGUUCCUUUCCCGAGGCCUUGUUUUCCACAUUAGGUUUUAAACGCUCAGGACACAGUUCUUUCUAUCCCAUACUUACUGUUCUUUCCAGUGUUUGAUGCAGGACAUCCAUCCACCGCUCCAGCUUCCCUUUAAUACCAGCGAAGCUGCUACCUUUCAUGUCCCAGGUGGUGCUUGCAGGAUGUUGCGUUUGACGACAACGCCCUGCAGGUGGCGCGCUGGGCUCCAUACCGCGGGGCUGCUCCCUCAGGCCUGCGGUUUGAGGUCAGCCCCUGCGGGGCAGAAUUCUGUCGGUUUGGUUUGCGUGAGGAGUUCUUGCUUGGAACUGCUGCUUCCUCUGUCCUCCUUGUUGCCUGACCCCAGAAGUGACAGCAGCUUGAAGAGUGGGAUUUUGUGAUACAACCCUGAACUGAAAUAAAAGGCCCAUUUUACUGAUUAUGUCCAGGGAGAAUUGUUUUAUGUCAGAAAGAAAGAAAGGUCACUUGCAGAGUUGACUUUUCCCCUGCAGGCAUUGGCAGGCCUUUUUGGGGGCUGUCUCUGCUGAAGAGUCUUUCUAGCCCAGUCUAGCUCCCCCUCUUCCAGGCUCAGGCUGCUGCUCAGCUCUGCUGCUGGAAGGACGUUCCUGGUCAGCACAAAGGGUCCAGGGGCCCGGCUGCUGCCCAGAAUGGUCAGGCAAAACCCCAAGGGCUGCCUAGUGUGAGUUUGCACUGACCUCCCCCAGGGUGUUGAAAAGCUUCUUGGGGGCACAGGGCACCUAAGCGGAGGUGAGCAGUUAGAACGAUUCAUUUCUCUAAGUUUGAUGAACAUUGCUGUGUCUCCAUCACAUUGACAGGAUGUCUGUACCAGCUGCUUAUGGGGGGCCCCACUCCCUAUUUGGAAAAUACCCCGGCUUCUGCCUGAGAUGUCCUUGUCCCAGAAUGUUAAGCCCCAGCUGGUUGGCGAGACGAUGUCCUCCUGCAGGUUAGCCAUUAUCAGGCAAGGACCCCCACCAGGGACAGCACGUGCACAGUGUUUUCACACAGGCCUGUGACAAGAUCAGUGAACCUGGGCGUCCUUAGUCUCUUUGGCUCAUCCUAGCAGCUGGUUCUGGCUGUUGGUACUUCGGAGGAGCUAAGGGAGAAGCCACCGCUUCUGGACUUCUCUCCAGGGAGAAACCCCACUCAGAGGAUUCCAUUUCUGCUUUGCACUUGCUUGUCAUUCUGUAGCGAUUGAGAAAAUGUCAUGAAAAGAAAAAUUCUGGGAGCCAGUGAAAGACAGCUGACACGCCUCUCUACUUUGGCUGACCAGCCGAUGCUGGCUGCACAGCCCCUCGGGUCCCAGCCAGAGAGCUCGGGUGCCUUCUGGGGCUGGCCACUCAUCACUUCCUGGGGUGACCAAAGUGUCUCCCAAGUUACUCUGUCCUUUUUUGCCCCAACCCAGUUAUUUUAAGAGAGUCAAAAUAGAAUUUGAAGAAUUCUGGUUUAUUAUUCCUUAUUCAGGCAUCUCUUCUGGAAUAGGUUGCUCAUUUGAUUCAUCCAGAUUUAUCAGUGGGUUUCUCCAGGUCAGAAACAGUAAACAGUGCAGGGGAGGCCAGGCCGAGAGGGAUGUAGCCCUUUAGACCUGAGACAUGCCCUGGGUUAAUGUUUCAGUGGUCGGAAUACUAAAUAGAUUCUGUGCCUCUUACGUGAACAUUUUUCUUAACCUGCCCAGUAGGACUUGCCCUUCUGAGUUGCUUCUGAUAAUUUCCUGCAUGAAGUUAGCUGGCCUAAGGCACAUUAAACUCUGCUGUGGCCUCCAAAGCUCUUAGCCCCUAAAUUUCUGGGCUAACUGGUCCAGAAUUGGUUUUUUUUCAGUAAUAAAAAUGGGAUUUAAAAUCCAGCAUUUUCAGUCUGGCCCUUCCCUCCCUCCUUCCCAACUUCCUUUUAGGAAAGGCUUUCUGGAUACCCCAUACCUUAACUUACUGGCUUGAUUUCCAUUUUGGGGUGGGGGUUGGGGUGGAAAGAGACAAAGUGUGUCCCAGAUUCUCACUUAAAUUAGGCUGAGUUCAGACUCGCAAGCCAUGCAAAUCCUGCAAAUUCCAAAAUGCCCAGCAACUCUGUGCGUGUGAGGGAGUAUUCAACCCCAUACUGAGAUUUUUCUUUCUUAUCUGAUUGAUAAUUCUGUAAAGAUAAUCUGGGGGGCGGUGUUAGGGGUGUGUGUGUGUAUGUGUGUAUGAAUGUGUUUUUUUUACAGUUGCUGUCUAAAGUAUUUUUCACAGUAUGUUUAAUAAUCAGUGCUUUAAAAAGCAGUGGUAUCCUAUAACGUGGAAAUCUGGGUUCCCGAGCCAGCGCUGGGUGUGAAGUCAGGUCACGUCACACUGCGUUGUUCCACCACCUGUAAGUAAGCGUGGCCCAUGGAGACCUAGCGAGGAGUGCAAACACCCUGCCCAGUGGCAGGGGGCCAGCGCCCUCAUCAGACAGCUGGGCCGGCCUGCAUUUUCAUUUCAAAUGGGAUACAGUAUUUUUUUAAUAAGGAGCCAUACUUUUUUUUUAAAGUUUGAGAUCUGAAUGUGAUUUCUAAUUGUAUCAGACAUUAAUGUUUUAAAGCUAUAACAAAGUUUAAGAUUUCUACUUUUUGUUUUUCUUUUUUAACUGUUCUUUUAUCUAUUAAAUUGUUGUAUGUGGAUGGGGAAGUUUUGUUUCUCCUCUUAGCAUUUGUUUCUAUAACCAGAAAUAAAAUUAUAUAUUAAAGAAAUGA